AUACUUCACUAUAUGUAACAGAUCGGCAGUAGGGUUUGAGAGACCUCAGGCAAUCGUUUAUACAUCCAAGCGCGGAGCUUUCUUCUUUCUACUCCAAGUAUCCAACCAUGGCUAGCCAGAUGAGCAAAAAGAGAAAGUUUGUCGCCGACGGAGUUUUCUUUGCCGAACUAAACGAAGUUCUAACCAGAGAGCUUGCGGAAGAUGGUUAUUCCGGCGUCGAGGUUAGGGUUACUCCCAUGCGCACUGAAAUCAUCAUCAGGGCUACCCGUACCCAGAAUGUUCUCGGUGAGAAGGGUAGAAGGAUCAGGGAGCUAACUUCUGUUGUUCAAAAGAGAUUCAAAUUCCCAGAGGGAAGUGUUGAGCUUUAUGCUGAGAAGGUUAAUAACAGAGGUUUAUGCGCAAUUGCCCAAGCUGAGUCACUCCGUUACAAGUUGCUUGGAGGUCUUGCUGUUCGCAGGGCUUGCUAUGGUGUGUUGAGAUUUGUCAUGGAGAGCGGUGCCAAAGGUUGCGAGGUCAUUGUAAGUGGAAAGCUCAGGGCUCAACGUGCCAAAUCAAUGAAAUUCAUGGAUGGUUACAUGAUCUCUUCUGGUCAACCUGUCAAAGAAUACAUUGAUUCUGCUGUCAGACAUGUUCUUCUAAGACAGGGUGUUCUUGGUAUCAAGGUGAAAAUCAUGCUUGCAUGGGACCCUAAGGGUAAGGAAGGACCAAUGACCCCGUUACCCGAUCAGGUUGUUAUUCACCAGCCCAAGGAAGAGGAGAUUUUUGUCGCCCCUCCAACUGCUGCACCAGUUCCAGUCGAGGUUGUUGCGUAAUUGCGUUUUGUUUGUCUUCUAAUGCAAAUUAGGAAUGCCCCUUUUUACUACACAUUUUCAUGAUUUAAUGUUUGGUAGUUGAGUUCACACACCCAUUAUCUUAUUAUUACUCUAUUCAGAUAUCUUUAUUUAAGUUUAAAUUUUGGGUGCAUAACAAUUUUAAUGAAUUUUGACUUUGUUUUU